GUCAGUGCUGCGGGUUCAGCUUCCCCUUCGCCGCUUUUAGUCUCUCCUCUGUUCUGCUGAAGAAUCAUUUUCUCAGUAAAUCUGUCACUGAAGCCGGAAUGAGUGUCUGCAGCUCCACAUUCAGCGGAUCAGAGGAUAUGGAUGAGUUGGAGUCGGUUAGUUGGUACCAUUAUGAUUUGUCUCGUCAUGCAGCUGAAGCCCUUCUCUUGUCAAAUGGGAUAGAUGGGAGUUUUCUGCUCAGAAACAGCAACAAGGGACCUGAAUGUUUUGCCCUCUCUGUCAGGGCAAAGGACUCCGUAAAGCACUUCCACGUGCAGCGGCAGAAUGGGAGGUAUUCUUUUGGAUUCAAUGAGUUUCCAUCACUUCAAGACUUCACCAGUCACCUGGCCAAUCAGCCACUGCUGGGCAGUGAGACAGGGAACCUGAUUGUCCUGCGGUACCCAUACCCCCGUCAGGUGGAGGAGCCAUCCAUUUACGAGUCUGUGUGUGUGCACACAGCUAUACAGUCAGGACGCAGUGAAAGUGACUUGGUCCCCAGUGCUCCAUCGCUCGGCACAAAAGAAGGCUAUCUGGUGAAACAAGGAGGCAUCAUAAAGAACUGGAAACAACGAUGGUUCACACUGAACAGAAAUGAGCUGAAGUACUUCAAAGACAGAAUGUUUCCGGAACCUAUUCGGACCCUGGAUCUGAGGGCAUGCUCGGCCGUUCAGUUCGAUUACAGCCAGGACAGGGUUAACUGCUUCUGCCUAGUGUUCCCUGAGAGGACGUUUUAUUUGUGCGCAAAAUCAGGUGUGGAGGCUGAUGAGUGGAUAAAGAUACUACGCUGGAAAUUGUCACAGAUAAGAAAAGGAAGAUGAUGGCCAGAAUGUGGAAAAGAUUAGAAAAAAAGGAACUACUGGGAGUGUGUGCUGAGAGCUGUUAGAAAUGAUCUAAUAGGAGGAACUUAGUCAGAGUUCGGUAGCUGCUAUAGGUUUGUAUUUGCUCCUGAGGCCACUGCAACCUGUUGUGAAGGCAUCAUUGAGUUGUGUGAAGAAUGUGUCUGUCUCAGAUGUGACUUUGUAAGUCCUGACCUUCUGUUACACACACUACAUAUGGAGAUGCUGCAUUACAGCGAUCAGAUGAAAGAAGAGAAUUUAGUCUAAUGGCAUUUACAAACUGAAGUCAUUAAUUAAGCUUUCCUCUGUGGAACCAAGAAGUGUACAGAUGCAUCAGUGCAUUGCAAGGUAUUGAAAAAAUACUAAAACUCAGGAAUUUAACUUGGUACUAAGUAAGAAAUGUUAAGGCGCCUACACUGUUGGCUUCUACCUCAGUAAAUGGUUGGUAGCAGGUCUUAAAAAAUGAUCAGUGUUUCAACUACAAGUUUUGGUUUUUAUUUUGGUCCCCUUCAAAAGUAUUGGAAUGACAAGACUAAUUCUUUUGUUUUUCUAUACAUUUGGCUUUUUUAAAUGUAAAAAUGUUAGCUUUUAUUUCCUGGCAUGCACAUCUAAAUUUGUUAAAUAGCUUAGCACAUAGAACCUUUUGUUUCUUAUUGCUCAGAGGUGCCCUGUUAGAUUGAGUUUUUAAACAAUUAAUAGCUCUGAAUGUCUACUCUUGGUUUGAACCCUGGGGUUUGCCUGUGAAUACUCCAUUUGUGGUUUAAUAGGAUAAACCAACAUCAAGCUGUCUAUAGGAGAAAAGCAAGCACUGACAAACAUUGUGAGAGCUGUGAAGAAAAGAAACCCACAACAAGAAGUCUACUUAAGUGAAGGAAAGCGUCCAAGACAACAAAAGUGGAAAAAGUGGAAGGUUUUAGACAUUGCCAUAUCAGUCACCAUACCUUAACCUAACUUAAGCUUAACUUAAUUUCACCUCCUGAAAAGGAGACUGAAGGGUGAAACCCAACAGAACAACAAUUGAAAGAAGCCAUACAAACCUGGAAAAGCAUCACAGAUGUAAGAUAUAUACAACCAAAUAUUAAAUGUUAUUUACAUCAAGACUUCAUAUUCAGCAUUUGAUCUCAAGCCAAAUGUCUUCAGUGUCUUGCAAAAACAAAAGAAUUGGCCUUGCAGUUCCAAUGCUUUCAGAGGGGAGUGUACGCUGCAUCAACACUGAACAUCAGACAUAUAGACAGAUAUUUAACACCAUAAAACUACAGCUGGGAUUUCAGCCAACAGUGACUUUCAACUUGUAUUCUUUACUUGCAUUUGAACAAACCAAGAUGAUGUCAUUAACCCAUAAUAUCUGCUGAAAUGUUAAACAUGGUGGUGGACCUAUAAUGACAAGGGCAGCUAUAAGUCAUGAUAUGAGUCAUUAGUUAAGUCACAUAAUUGCUUUGUGAAGGAACAUGAGGCCAUUUUACCGGACCAGAUGCACCAAACCCUGUUCUUCCCUAUAUUUGUUGCUAAAUUUGUUUAGUUGCUUUGACACAAGGACAUGGUUUUACAUGGUCUCUUUAUAGAAUAUUCUAGAGAAGAGUGUGUGAAAAAGAUUAACAUCUACUUUAUUCAUGAGGCAACAGUUAACAUGUAAAUUGUGCAAUAAGAGCCUUCUACAAAUUGUGAGCCUGCUACAUUUAUGGCAUUUUGCAGACGUCCAUAUCCACAGCCACUUACAUUUAUCUCAUUUAUACCACUGACCAUCUGAGGGUUAAGGGCUUUGCUCAAAGUCUUAGCAGUAGCAGCUUGGUCCUGGCAUUUAAACUCACUAGUCCAAAGCUUUGACCACUGAUCUAGCACUUCCACUUCUGCUCCUUAUUAAUAUUAUAGUGUUAUCCACCAUCGAGUGUGUCAGUUGGCAUAAUUUU